AUGGUGGGUGAUGGGGCUGAUACGUUAUUUUGGCAUGACCUUUGGUUAGGAGGAGUGUCGUUUCGAGUGCGUUUCAGUCGCCUUUUUGAGCUUGCGGUUGGUAAAUCUUGUACGGUGUCUUAUAUGUCGUCGUAUGGUUGGGAUGUUGGGGGGCGGGUUGGAGGUGGAGAAGGUUACACCGUUAGCAACGCUUAUCAACUUUUAACUUCUCAGGACAGCCCUCAGGUGGAUAGUGUCGAGGCUCUAGUUUGGUAUAUUCACGUUCCUAUUAAAGUUUCCAUUUUUGCUUGGAGGUUGUUACGGGACCGGCUGCCAACUCGGACAAACUUGGUGCAUCGUGGAGUUCUUCCCGGAGCCGCGGCUGGCUGUUUGUCGGGGUGUGGUGUUAUUGAGACUUCUCAACAUUUAUUCAUAUCUGUGAUUUUUAUGGCACUCUUUGGCAUAAGGUGGUAUGCGAGCAAGGCGCUCUUUUUUGCAGCUUGUUCGGUUGUUUUUUACGUGGAUCAUAUGGAAUGA